CGGAACGCGAGAGGGCGGUUGCCGGGGCCGACCGGGCCUUUCACGGUGCACAUCCCGGCACCGGCGGCGUCUCCGAGCAACCGGUCCCGGAAGCGGGCGGCGAGGCGGAGCGGGCGCCAUACCAUUCUUCCAGGACUGGUGCCAUGGUACUUAAGGUCUUCUUUCCAUCGUGCUGCUCCUCAGCAGAAAGUGGCAUUUUGAUCGGCCGCUGGCUCUCAGAACAGAACUCAGCUGUUAUCCUUGCUGUGGUCCAUUUCCCAUUUAUUCCUGCCCAGGUGAAGCACUAUCUCAGUGAAGUCCUUCAGGUGACUAAAGUCAAUGUUUCUGUGCUUGGCUCUUGGAGCAACAGCAGAGAGGAGAAAGAAGAAAGUCUGAGCGAGUUCCUGAAGGACCUCGGGACGAUAUUCCCCCACGAGCCAUGGAUUCAGAUCAGCAAAGAAGGAGACAGCAAAUUCUGGAGCUGUUCUACCCUGCAGAAACACUCUAACAACCCUAAGAAGGAAGAAAUCAUCUUGAUUUACUACGACCAACGUCAAGUGAUGCUUUCCCAUCUCCAUCCCCCUCUGGACACCUCGACUGAAGAGGAGGCAAAGGAUGCUUCAAAGCUCUCUGCCAUCUUUGACACAGUUGCCAGGAGCAAGAUACUGUUCAUGACUGACCAGUAUGAUGAUGGGCCUAUCAAGCUGACCCACUGGCAGUCAGAUGGUGUGGAGGCCAGUAUCAUCAUGGAGCUGCUGAAGCAAGCCUCUGUGCCUGCCUGCAUGCUGCUCACCUUCCUGCUUUCACUCAUCUCUGGGGUCUGCAGGAGCAGGGUGCUGAAGUUUUGGCCUUCAUCUUUCUUAUGGAGCAAACUCUCAACUUGUGAGCAGCUGGGCCAUCGCCUGCAGCACCUUCAGGUCAUCAGCAGCAACAAGAAGGCUCAAAACCAGACUCAGCUGAUGAGGAAAGCCAAUAUCUUUGUCUCUCUGCUGAUUGAUGUGGCUCUGGGGAUACUGCUGAUGUCCUGGCUGUACAGAAAGAACCAAAUUGGCCACCUUGCUGACACUCUCAUCCCUGCAGCUGAUCAUGUAGCUGAAGAGCUCCAGAACCUGCUCCAGUGGCUGAUGGGGGCACCAGCUGGACUGAAAAUGAACCGAGCUUUGGAUCAGGUUUUGGGCCGUUUCUUCCUUUACCACAUCCAUCUGUGGAUUAGCUACAUUCACCUGAUGUCCCCAUUCAUUGAGAUGAUCCUCUGGUAUGUGGGUCUGUCAGCUUGCCUGGGCCUGACCGUGGCUCUCUGCAUCCUCUCUGACAUCAUUGCACUUCUGACCUUCCACAUCUACUGCUUCUAUGUCUAUGGAGCCAGGCUCUACUGCUUGAAGAUUUAUGGGCUGUCAUCUCUCUGGCGUUUGUUCCGUGGGAAGAAGUGGAACGUCCUCCGGCAGCGGGUGGAUUCCUGCUCCUAUGACUUGGACCAGUUAUUUAUUGGCACUUUGCUGUUCACAAUUCUGCUGUUCCUCCUGCCUACAACUGCACUGUAUUAUUUGGUGUUUACCCUGCUCCGUUUGCUGGUGGUGGUUGUGCAGGGCCUGAUCCACUUGCUGGUUGAUCUGAUUGAUUCUCUGCCUCUUUAUUCCAUCAUCCUUCGGCUCUGCAGAUCCUAUAGACUGGCAGCUGGUGUGAAGUUCAGAGUCCUCGAGCAGCAGGAUGGGAAACCUCUUCGCCUCCUUAUGCAGAUCAACCCUCUGUCCUACAGCAGCCUGGUGCAGACAUACAGGCUGCCAACCUACAGCUGUUAUCCCAAGGAUUCCUGGACGUCUCUGUGUAAGAAGCUGUUCCUUGGAGAGCUCAUCUACCCCUGGAAACACAAAGGAGAGAAGCAGGACUAAAGGCAGCAAAAGAGCUCAAAGGACUUGAUUAAAUUAAAAUAUUAAAUCCUAAUGCUUUGGGACCAAAGGCAUCUUGGAGCCAGUGCCUGGUGGAUCCCCUUAACUCCAUUUUGGUAACAUGGGAAGGGCUGAAUUUUUAAAGGCAAGUAUUUAAGUAUUUUUUAAACAUGAUUUUUUAAACUUUCCCUUUCCCCUACACUGUGUUUGAGUAAUAUGCUAAUGUUUAGUUUUGAAGCAAAGAGGUUAAACCCAUCAGUGCCUCGUGGAACCAGCAUUUAGCAUUGUUGAGGAGGCAUCUCCUGCAUGGUCUGAUGCUGAACUGUUCCUUCAUUCCAUGCCAGCUCCAAGGGCCAUAUUGCAACAGCCCUUUGAGGGGCUCAAAGCCACAGUGCUGAGGUGCCAAAGGGUAUUUUGGACCUUUUGUGCUUCAGCCUUCAAGCCAGCUGAUCAAAACCAAGCUGAAAGAUCAGCCUGUAGAGUCAUGCACUGGAAACUCUACAGCUGGGUUGUCUGGGUUCAGCAGAUACUUGUUCUUUUCCUUUUGGGUGGGCUUGCAUUCACCUCACUGCAGCACCAGAGGUGGUGUUAAGCAUAGAAACAGCAGGACUGGAGGCUCAGCAACCCAGGCUGAUGGACAUUUGUGCCUAUGUGGCCUCAUCUACAUUUUUUUUCAAAAGUAAAUAAUGUUUUGGGGAGAGCUGAGCCCUGAGCUGACACCAGAACUGGAGUGCAGAACCCACAGCCUCAACUCCCAGGCUGGCAGCAAGCCACUGGCCCUGAGAGCUCUGGCUCUGCCAGGGGCUCCUGUUCCCACUCACAGCUCCAGGCAAACGCAGCUUUGCCCAGCCCAGCUCUGGUAGCUCUGCCAGAGAACUGCAGCAGGUCAGGUCCUUCCACAGCUCCAUCAGCUCUGAGAAGCCUCUGCCUCCCUCACAGGGUCAGUACCUCCUCCUGUUCCUCAGGGCCCAGGUGAGAGCCUCAUGUUGUGCCUCAUCCUUUGCACUUUCUGGUGAUUAAGGAGCUUUUAAAAUUAUCUCAGAUAUGAGUAAUUUAAAGCCACUUCUUUCCCUGAAACUAGAGACAUGUUACUUUUAGGAGACAAGUUACUUUUGGGAGAGUUUUCCUGGUUUGGAUGCUACCUCCACAGUGCAGCAGUGCUCAGCUUCUUUGUGUCCCCAUCUCAUUGCAUGUUCAUUUUGAUCAUAGAAUCCCAGAGUGGCUGAGGUUGGAAGGGACCUUAGAGCUCAUCUCCUCCAACCUCCCUGCCAUGCCCAGGGACACCUCUCAUCUACACAAGGUUGCUCCAAGCCUCAUCCAACCUGGCCCUGAACACCUCCAGGGAGGGGGCAGCCACAGCUUCUCUGGGCAAUCUGUUCCAGAGUCUCACCACCUUCAGACUGAAGAAUUUCUUCCUAAGAUCCAGUCUAAACCUCUUCUCCUUCAGUUUAAAUCCAUUUCCCCAUGUCCUGUCACUGGACACUCUUAUGAAAAGUCCCUCUCCAGCUUUCCUGUGGGUUCCCUUCAGGGACUGGAAGGCAGCUCCAAGGUCCCCUGGAGUCUUCUCUUCUCCAGGCUGAACAAUCCCAGCUCCUCAGCCUCUCCUUGUGUCAGAGCUGCUCCAGCCCCUGGAUCAUCUUUGUGGCCUCCUCUGGACUCAUUCCAACAGCUCUGAGUCCUGCUUGUGGUGGGGACACCAGGACUGGACACAGUAUUGGAGGUGGGGUCUCACUGUUCAAGGAUCCAAGGAUGGAGGAGGAGGAGGAAGAUGAUGUGUUGUAGCUGCAUUGCUCAUCCCUUCUCUGCUGCCUGCAUAUUCCAGUGGGAGGAGGUGGAAGUGAGGCAAAGAGCCACAGCAAGGUGGAGUUUCCACUGCUCCCCUCCACCAGCCCCAUGCCUCAUCUGUGACUUGAAGCUGCCCCAGAAAAGAAGGAAUUGUGGCCCCACUGCUCUAAGACAUCCCUGGCCAGAUAUAUUGAGUUUGUUCUUACCUGCUAAAGCCUCUCCUGAUGCCUCUUCAGUCAGAGCUUGAGAGGGAGAAAAUGAAGCUCUGGAGGCAGGUCCAGCAAACACAGCAGCUGCCAAGGGCUUGCAGUUUUCUUGAGAACCCCACAGAGCAAGUCAUGGACAUGGAUGUGUCCCAUGGACACUGCUGCCCAGAGAGGGUGCCCUCCUGCCUUGACCCAGGGAAGGAGGACACUUCAUUGAGGAAAACCAGUGUGGUAAAAACCCCACCAGCAUCUGUCACUGCUGCAGAACAUCACUGGCUGCAGAAACUGAAGGGACCUCUGUUCUUCUUUAACGAUCAGUGCUUCAAAUUCAUGGAGAAAUAGAGGAUCUUCUCUUGGAAUAUUGAUGGCCAAGGUUUCUUUCCACUCCAGGGGUGAAUUAUAACAAUAAUAUCUCUGAUUGAAUAGAUGAAUAUUUAUUUGAAUAUAUUAAUACUGAAGAUAUAUUGAAUAAGUUCGGGUUGUGAUCCAUUUAGUGGAUGAAUGCUCUGAAUGUUUCUCACCUCAGCUUAAGUCAGAAUCAUGGAGACCCAUCCUUACCUGGCACUCAGCAGAGCAGAUUUAUGCUUUGCCUCCCUCUCUCACUACUAAAUUACAUCCUCCCUGCCUCAUCCCAUGCCUCUAUAGUUUGGUUUUACUAGCUGCUGCUAGAAACUUUAUUAUUUUUGGUCAUGUAAAAAUAAUCUUCCUAAUAUCCUGGCUUUUCAAAUCUUUCUGUGAGACCAAACAGCUCAUGAUGGUCUGAAUUGUGACUGUGCUUUGGGAUCCAGUGAGCUGAGGGAUCCCGAGACAGGAGAGGUCCAUGAAAACCAGCAAAUGUCACCUUCCUAUUGGGAACCUGCCAAACAUAUUGGACAUUCCAGUGUUGGGUCUGUUUACUAAAGACUGAUACUGACUCUGGGGAUGGUGAAUUGUCCAACUGAGAAAAAAUUCCUUCUCAAACCCUCAGUCUUCUGAGAGAUGGAGGAGCUUGAGGAGCCAGCCCUUGUGGGUGCAGUUCUCCUGUGAUGCAGAGCUGGUGCCUGAGCUGUUUUACUGCUUCUCAUACUCUGUUCUCUCUGUAGUGAUGUCUGAGCUUCUGAGUUUCUUCUGCUGGAUAUUUGCCAUGUCUCUCCUUUUCCUUCCCAGCCCUUGCUAUGGAACAGUCUUCCCCCACCCUUUUCCGAUUCUGCGCAGUGACAUUACAACAACUGAGCAGACAUCCUGCCCAGGAACAUUUGACCUUAUGUCAUCUCCCUAAUUAGAAGUUGGGAUCAGCAUCAUCUUCCAGAGCAGCCCAGACUGUCCUCGUGCUGAUGUUUCCUUAGGGAAGAGGCUGCUGCUGAGGUUAAGGCUCAGAUUUAUCCUCAGAUCCAGAUGAGCCACAGCAGUCCUUGGGUAAGAGGUGGUUAAAGAGUUCAGAUCCCUGAUUCCUCCCAGCAGGCAACAAGCAGUCUUUGCCAACCCUCAUUCAAAGGCUGUAAUCUUGCAGACUUUUUUAAUGUUGCAUUUCCAUAUUAUUAUUUUUCCACUUUAUGGUUCCCAGGGCUGGCACAGUCCUCCCUCUGCCUCUUUACAUGGGGUUUGUCAGGGAAAAGGGGAUUUGCUGCAUGCAAAACUCCAUCCUAGGCAGAAAUUCUGCCUUUGAGAACUACUUUGCUUUCCUAACUGGCCUCAGCAGUUAGAGACUGAUGAUUGGGUCAUUACCUGACCUGCUCUUUGCCAACUUUUCUGGACCUGGUAGCAGAGAAGGUGCUUGCUCUCCAGCCAGACUCACUGCCUGCAAAGAGCACGGGGUGGAAACUUCAGGGUCUGUGGAGCAGAACCCCCAAAGCUGGCAGCUUGCAGGUCUCUGCCCAGGUCAGGGAGCCCACAUUCUGCUGUGCUCUCAGGCUCUGCAUGGGUGAUGGGUGGCAGCACCCUGGGAACACAGCUGGGAUGUGUCUGGAUCUCAGCUGAUCCAUCCACAUGACCUGAGGCCACAGGGCUUACCAACUUGUCCUGGAACUUUUGGGUUGCAUCCCACUGUGCAGGAUAAACGUUUAGAGCAAUGCAAACCUCAUCUGUCUUCCCAGGUGAGAGGAGGGUGCCCAUCACCUUUGCAUCUGGCUCAUCAUUUUGCACUGGGAGUGGAACAUCUUGCAGAGCUCUGUCCCUGGUGCCAUCACCUCCAGUCCUUCAUCCACAUCUGGGCCUCAAACCAAGAGUGCUUCAGCUCCCUGGUUAUUGGGAAUAUGAGCAGGGUACCUGUGAUUAUGAAUGCUGCAGGCAAUGGGAAGUAAACCUUCAUUCCUCAGGGGGAUGAGGCUCUGGAUUGGUGGCAGUGCUGGGUGGCUGCUGGCCCAGGGAGGCACCAGCACCAGGGGACACAAGGAGGGCAGCCUGCAUGUCUGACAUCCAGAGGUUUAUUUUAGCAUCUGGCAUUGGGGAGAUUCAUGAGAACUUCACAACUGUUGUAGUCAGUUCUACUGAUCAUAGAAUCACAGAAUGGCCCUAGAGCUCGUCUCCUCCAACCUCCCUGCCAUGCCCAGGGACACCUCUCAUCUACACAAGCCUCAUCCAGUCUGGCCCUGAACACCUCCAGGGAGGGGGCAGCCACAGCCACAGCUUCUCUGGGCAAUCUGUUCCAGAGUCUCACCACCCUCAGACUGAAGAACUUCUUCUUAAGAUCCAGUCUGAACCUCUUCUCCUUCAGUUUAAAUCCAUUUCCCCUUGUCCUGUCACUGGACACUCUUAUGAAAAGUCCCCCUCCAGCCUUCCUGUGGGUUCCCUUCAGGGACUGGAAGGCAGCUCUAAGGUCCCCUGGAGUCUUCUCUUCUGAUAAAGCUUUCAGUUUUUAAAUAAAAGUAUUGUAAAAGAAUCCUGAAACAUUUGCAGUUUGAUUAUCUGUGUUUCUGUCUGCACACGUAAGAGCUGACAAGGAAAUUUGACCAAAAAGCAGGAGCACAUUUUCUCUUUGCAUUCAGGAAUAUUGCCAAGCAUUAAACUGAAGCCUUCACUUGCUACCAAUGCUCUGUUUGCUUUAAAAUGUCACUGCUGACACUUUGAAGGUGACUUCCCACCCCAGCCCAGAUGGAGAACCCAGCAGCCCAGGGAACAACCCCAGC